AUGGCAGAUGAGAACAAAUUACCCACAAGUUCCUUGAAGGAUAUCUUCAUCGAACAGUAUCUUAUAAAGGAGACCAUUGGCGCUGGAGGCUUUGGGCACGUGAAGCUGGCCCAUCACAGCCUCACAGACACCAAGGUGGCGGUGAAAGAGCUCGUGAAGCUUGGACAGCAUUGCAGUCAUCUGGUCGAAAAUGAGGUGGACAUUGUCAAGUCUCUACAUCAUCCACAUGUGAUCAGAUUGUACCAGGUGAUUGAGAAGGAGGACAAAGUAUACCUGGUCAUGGAACUGGCUGCCAAAGGGGACCUUCUGCAGAGGAUCCAAAACUCCCACCGUCUAUUUGAAGAUGAAGCCAGGAGGCUCUUCAAACAGAUUGUGAGUGCUGUACACUACUUUCACCAAAACGGAAUUGCACACCGAGACCUAAAGCCCAACAACAUCCUAUUGGAUGCCAAAGGCAAUGCCAAGGUCAGCGACUUUGGCCUGAGCAUCAAGUUCACCAAGGGACAGUUGCUGAAGGACAUAUGUGGUGCCUUAAUAUUCCGCGCCCCUGAAGUCUUCCUGUGCCAAGGAUAUGAUAGCUUCCAGGUGGACAUCUGGAGCCUGGGCAUCCUUUUGUAUUUUAUGAUUUCAGGAAAGUUCCCAUUUGAGGGGAGGGAUUUUGCCCAGGUAAAGGUACUAGUCCUGAAGGGCAGGUACCUGGUUCCAUUUUACCUGUCUGCAAAAGGACAACGUGUCAUCUCCCAAUUGUUAACUGUGGACCCAAAGCAAAGACCUAAUAUAGUACAAAUAAUGGAGAACCCAUGGCUCAACCAAGGUCAGAAAUGUUCCCCACAUCCUGCUGAGCCACUGCCCAAUAACUUGAACCCCAUUAUUGUCGUAGUAAUGCGUGUCAUGGGGUACAGGCUAUUUGAGAUUCGCCAGUCUAUACAGGACAGAACAUUCAAUGAAGUCAUGGGCACAUACCUUUUAAUUGAAGAACACUUAAAGCAGAAUGCCAGCUGUGUUGAAGUUGAAACAGUGCGUCCAACAGUUCCACCAUGCCCAACUCCUGCAGACCUUUCCACUUUCUCUGUCCCUCCACAAAGGAGAGCCAGUUUACCUACCUUGUUUAGCACAUUCACUUUGUCAUCUGAAUUCCAUAUGCACUAUGAUGGCAAGUGGUCACCACCAAAGAGAGGCCUACGUGCCACUCGGCCUGACAUUCCCCUCUGCUUCCCGCAAGAGAACCCCAGUCCCAGCAUAACCCCACACUAUGAUUCUGUGGUUUCCCUUAGCUGCUCCUUCUUCUUGAGCAGCAAUGAAAGAUGUCAGUCAGAGGAAAACACCCUUCUCCCUGGGCAGCUGCAAGAUGAGACCAUAGACUCUAGCCCAAAUAAGAGAUGGAGUUGGAGGAGGGUGGCUAACAGGAUAGCCACCACUCUUCAGAGAAUAUGCUGCUGUGUGCGGACCCAAAAGUAA